GUUCAUUGGGAAACACAGCAGAGGAAACAUCGUCAUGAAGACAAACGUUGCAAUCGCCGUGGCACUUGCCGUCAUUUAUUGCGUUUCCGCCAAAACUGUUGACAAAAUCGAGCAUCGUAGCAGUGAUGCACCGGAACUGCACGAUCCGCAUGGAUACGACAAUCAUAUCCAUCAUCCUGUAAAUUAUCAUUAUAAAAUCUAUCACGAUGAGCCGAAGCAUUCGUAUUUGAAUGAAUCGCUACACAGUGAAUCUGAUCAUCCUAAACAAGGAGGGAAAUCUCAACAAGAACACAUUGAAGCUCAAGUAAAACCAUUUCAUUACCACCAUAAUCACUGGGAUUCUCGCCAGCAUCAACACGAUUGGAAAUCACACGAAGAACACCCGAAAAUUCCAUCCCAAAACCAUCAAUGGAGUAGCCAUAACGUUCAUCAUGGAUGGGAGCCCCAGAAAACUGCUGAUCAUUAUAACAAUGGUCAUUGGAGCUAUGUUCAUCAUCAACAGCAACAACAUCAACCACAACAACCACAAAGACGACCAUCGCUAAGGGAUGAGAACAGACACAAUCCUGUCCACUAUCAUCUCAUCCAACACAAUCAUCAGCACGAUUGGGAGUCCCAGAAGCAAGGUUUAGACUACGCUAUCAGCCACAGGUUACCGUUCACACUGGCCGUUCAAAGACCGGUCGCCCAUUCCGCUCAUAUGCCCCAUGCGGAGGCACUCCGCCAAAGGCCUCCACUACACAUCGAACAACACCUUGAUCGACCAGUGACGCACCCAUCAGAAGACAGCUCGGAAGAUAGGCCAUUCCACAGCCACAUCGACGUGAUAAGUUCCCCGAAACAUUACCCAGAAAAACCGACCCCUUACCACAACAUUGUCCACCCGGUCGUGGAACCAUCGGUCGAAGAGCCGCAUCAUGAUGACGCCAAAAAGCCAGUGUAUCUGGAGAAGCAUGUGCCCUACCGGGUGGAUCGGCCGGUCCCAUACCCUGUCAGAGUGCCGGUCGAACAGGCCUAUAAGGACAUCAAUGUUAUUCGCGUUCCGAAGCCGGUUCCUGUUCCGAUCGAGAGGCCCUACCCGGUGUAUGUGCAUCACCCGGUGUACGUGAACAAGCCGAUGCCGGUGCGGUUGCUGAUCGUGAAGGAGAAACAAAAAUCAUUUUGGGGCUAGAGUGGUCCCAGAUGAUAUCGGUUACCGGUUCCUGGUUAGCG